CAGUGGGGUGGUGGGGGCGCCGAAUAAACAAAUUAAAAAGUAGGCUUUAACAUUUAACACAUAAAACCGACGAAGAAAUUUAAUAAACACACUGGUAAAAUAUGUCAAACGCAAAAUAAACCCGUAAAAUAUAUAACGUGUUAUUGCACAAACUCAAGUAACGGAGUAAGUCAGUAUAUUCAACAGAAAUUUUUUUUCACUCGUUUAUUUACACGUGUAUCAAAUUUUAAAGUGCUUUUGCUGUGCCAAUUAUUUUUGUCGAGCCACAAUUUUGAGUAUUUUUCUACUUUUGUUCAACGAACUCGAUAUUCUCCGACGGUCCUUGAACGUCUCCUCCGUGGUUUGCGCAUGCGCAUCACCCUUCCGCCUGCCCUGCCGUCCACCGCCUUGACUGACUCCCCUUUCCGCCGCCAUCCUUCAUCCGUGGGACAAACCUGCACUUAACAUGAGCUUCACUGUGGAAGAGAGGGGCAUCCCCAACUCUCUCAGCUACCGCUUGUUCUUCAAAAAUUCUGAGGGGAAGUACAUAUCCCCAUUCCAUGAUAUACCAAUAUAUGCCAAUGAGGGACAGAACAUCUUUCACAUGGUGGUUGAGGUACCAAGAUGGACAAACGCAAAGAUGGAGAUAGCCACAAAGGACCUCUUGAACCCAAUAAAACAAGACGUGAAGAAGGGCAAGCUGCGCUACGUUGCUAAUGUUUUCCCACAUAAAGGCUACAUAUGGAACUAUGGAGCUAUUCCUCAGACGUGGGAAGAUCCAGCACACAAAGACAAAGACACAGCCUGCUGCGGGGACAAUGACCCCAUUGACGUCUGUGAAAUUGGUUCAAAGGUUUGUUCCCGUGGCGAGGUGAUCAAAGUGAAGGUGCUCGGGAUUCUGGCGAUGAUUGAUGAGGGUGAAACUGACUGGAAAGUGAUUGCAAUCAACAUUGAGGACCCUGAAGCAAAUGAGCUCAACAACAUCAGCGAUGUUCAGAGAUUGAAGCCUGGCUAUCUGCAGUCCACAGUAGACUGGUUCAGGAUGUACAAAGUGCCUGAUGGGAAGCCAGAGAACAAGUUUGCUUUCAAUGAGGAGUUCAAGGACAAGGAAUUUGCAAUUGAUGUCAUUAAGAGCACUCACAACUUCUGGAAAGCUCUGAUUUGCCAGCAGUCAGAUUGUGGCGAAUUAAAUUGCAAAAACACAUGCAUCUCAUCCAGUGACAGUCCCUUCUGCUGCUCGGUGGGAGACGCAAAAGCAGCUGUUGGUGAUGCAUGCAAUAGUGAAAAGAAGGAGCCCAUCCCAUCAACAGUCGAUAAAUGGUUUUACUUCGACAAGAAGUAAUCUACAACCGGACUACAUAGGAGAACAAAGCGGAUGUUUUCAUGUGUCAUCUAGCUUGCUUGAAGAUGACAGGAACAUUUGCAGAAAUGAAAUGAGACAUGGCAGGUUGUUAGGUGUCCUCCUUAAAGACAUUUGCGAUAGUGACUAGAGAUUAUCGUGAUGAGGAAUAUAUUUUAAUUUUUCCCUUAUUUAUCAAAGGCUUUCCCGACACGUGGUGGAGGGUUAAAACUUACACAGCUAAUACACUUGUUAACAUGUAUCGAGAGAUCGUAACGUAAGACACACUGAACUGCUUUAAUAAAGAACUGAACUGCUUUAAUAAAGUACUCUGGAUGAAAUGUAGGUUGUAUUUUUU